AUCUGUGAAAAUUGCAGUGCUGAUCAGCCCAAUGUCUUUGGAAUAUUGCUAGGAUUUUUCUUUUUCCUUCAGCUACCGCCUGGCUCCUUCAACCUUGGUUUCUCAUCCAAGUUUUGGUUGAAAAUUUUCGAAUGGCGCGGCAGAAGAUUCAGAUCAAGAAGAUCGACAACACAGCAGCAAGGCAAGUGACCUUCUCAAAGAGGAGAAGAGGGCUUUUUAAGAAAGCACAGGAGCUCUCAAUACUGUGUGAUGCCAAGAUAGCGCUUAUUGUCUUCUCAGCAGCAGGAAAGCUCUUUGAGUAUUCAAGCUCAAGUGUGAGCCAGGUGAUUGAAAGGCACAAUCAGCAUCCACAGACUCCAGAGAAACCAGAACCACCAUCUCUGGAGCUGCAGCUGGAGAACAGCACCUGUGCAGCCUUGAGCAAAGAAAUUGCCCAGCAGACUCAGAGGCUGAGGCAAAUGAAAGGAGAAGAGCUCCAGGGAUUGAAAAUAGAAGAAUUGAUUGAACUAGAGGAAUUACUUGAAGCUGGUCUGUGCAGCGUUGUGGAAGAAAAGGCUGAAAGAAUUCGAACAGAGAUCAGUGACCUCCAGAGAAAGGGAGACCUGCUGCGGGAAGAGAAUGAAAGGUUGAGAAAGGAGAUGGAGAAUAUUUCUGAAGCACAACCUCUUCUUUAACAGGGCCACUCAUCUGAAUCAAUCACAAA